GCUGUCUCCCAACACCAUGGUGACGCCCCACAAGAAGAGCAUGCUGGGAAACGGAAACUACGAUGUCAACGUCAUCAUGGCAGCGCUUCAGACCAAAGGCUAUGAGGCGGUUUGGUGGGACAAGCGCAGGGAUGUUAACGUCAUUGCCCUGUCUAACGUGAUGGGCUUCAUCAUGAAUCUGCCGUCCAGCCUUUGCUGGGGUCCCUUGAAGCUCCCCCUCAAGCGACAGCACUGGAUCUGCGUCCGGGAGGUGGGAGGCACCUACUACAACCUCGACUCCAAACUCAAGGUGCCCGAGUGGAUUGGAGGUGAAAGUGAGCUCAGGAAAUUUUUGAAACACCAGCUGAGAGGAAAGAACUGUGAACUCCUGCUGGUGGUGCCAGAGGAGGUGGAAGCACAUCAGAGCUGGAGAGCUGACGUGUGACCCAGCCUGACUCUGUCCUCCCACUACAGCUCUUCCCCUUUACUGAACUCCCAACGUCCUGAAACCUGGAUAAUGGGUACCCUGACUCUCCUCAUCUGGAAUUUCCUUUGUUAGGCUCUUCUCUUCCUUCCUUGGUGCAAUAGGGCAACGGCGUAGGACAUUAGGGGUGGUGGGUUGGGGAAGAAUUUGAGAGCAGAGUGGAGGAAACUGGAAGCCAAUCGCUUUAAUUGCAAAGGCGGCUGAGCCGCGUGCUCUUCAGCUAGCCAGAAGGCAUUGCGCUCUUUAAAACUGGGCUUUGGGUGUCUGGAAGCCUCUGGCCUCCCUUUC